AGUCAAAGGUUUGGAAUCGUAGCGGAUUCUUCAAAUCCUUUAUUUUCCAUAUAUUUAAAAAAAAAAACUAAUUAGAAGAAGAAGACUGUGUUUGUGUUGUUAAUUUUAAGUGAGCCGCUGACUUUGUUUUAAUAUUGGGAUAGUGAAUAAAACAUUAAAACAUGAAGUUAUUUAUCUGUUUAGCUACACUGCUAGUGGCUUCCAAUGUCUACGCUGGUGAUACUGCUGCUAAAAAGUCGGCGGCGGUUUCGUCUUCGACUUCCUUGGAUAGUGGCAAGAAAAUUCCUUUAGAAAAGAAACUUGAUAAGCGUGGCCUACUUGACUUGGGCUAUGGCUAUGGACAUUCCGGUCUUGAUUUAGGCUACAUAGGCCACGGUUCCAUUACUUCUGGUCACGGCUAUGGUGGGUAUGGAGGUCAUGGAGGCGGUGUAUUGGUCGCUCACUCGGCUCCUUCCUAUGUCGGUGUUUCGGCACAUGCCGCACCCGCUGAAUUUCUUAUUAGCAAAAUGGCUGAUGUGCACAAAACCAUAACGAUUACCAAAGGUGUACCUUAUCCAGUACAUGUUGAUCGUCCCUAUCCGGUCGUACACGAAAAACGUGUGCCAGUUGAAGUUAAAGUACCGGUUCCACAACCUUAUGAAGUAAUCAAAAAAGUUGCUGUUCCUGUCAAGGAGUAUGUUAAAGUACCUAUUCAUGUACCACAACCUUACGAGGUAAUCAAAAAGGUGGAAGUACCAGUACAUGUACCUGUUGAUCGGCCAGUCCCAGUAAAGGUGCCAGUACCACAACCCUAUGAAGUGGUUAAACAUGUUCAAGUGCCAGUGCAGGUACCAGUGCCACAGCCCUACGAAGUGGUUAAGCAUGUGCAAGUUCCCGUAAAGGUCCCUGUACCGGUGCCGCAGCCUUACGAAGUCAUUAAGCAUGUUCAAGUGCCAGUGCAUGUACCAGUCGAUCGCCCUGUACAUGUAACUGUUCCUAAACCUUAUCCCGUACCUGUGGAAAAACCGUAUCCCGUGGUAGUAGAAAGGAAAGUACCGGUACAAGUACCUGUACGUGUAGAUAAACCGUAUCCAGUAGCUGUGGAUCGUCCUUAUCCUGUUAAAGUACCAGUUGCCGUUCCGCAACCUUACACCGUAGAAAAACAGGUACCAUACACAGUUGAUAAGCCAGUGCCAGUACCAAUCAAAGUGGCAGUUGAUCGUCCUUAUCCCGUGCAUGUCACUCGACCUGUACCAGUAGCCGUUGAAAAACCCGUUCCAGUACCAGUUGGCGUACCUUACGUUGCCGGCCAUUCUGUAGUGCAACAUGGAGCAGUUGCUUACGGUGGUGGUGGUGGUGGUGGUGGCGGUGGUGGCGCCAUUCUGUUAAGCGGAGGCGGCGGUGGUGGUCACGGUUUCUCGUCUAGCGGUUUGGGCUUCUCUUCCUAUGCCGGGCAUGGUCACAGUGGUGGUGGCGGUGCUCUCAUCUAUGCUGAUGUCGGUCAUGGCGGUCAUGGCGGUUAUCAUCACAAAAAGAAAUAAAUAAUAACGCAGACAGAAUUCUACCAAACAAACUCUUUAGGCUCUCACUCAUUAAUUCAACCAACAACAAAUUUUUAUAUAAACGAUUGUUGUUAUUGUAAUUGAAGCGGAAACCCUAGCAAUUUUAAUUUUAAUCUUCAAUUAUCCAAAACCCAUGCUACGAACUCUUAUUAUGUGCGGACACCACAAAAUAUCAUCUUUAUGUGGUGUGAGAAGCGAAUAAUUCCUUUGCAACGUAGAAAAAACUGAGAUAAAUAAAUAUUUUCCCCUAGGUAUGCUUCUUCGACUUAUAUCUUUUAUUACACAGCUUUACAUAAUGCGAGACGCAUUGAAAUUGUUUAAGAAUUUCUCUGAAAAUUUUAAAAACACUUCUUCGAGACAAGAACAGCAGCCUGCCAUUAGAAUUAAGUCAUAGCAACAUCAUCCAAAGGAAUUUAGCUUAAACACAACUCACAGCUUGACCAAAAUUGUAUAAAUGUUUGUAUAAACAAAAUUAAAUUUUAGUUCUGUCUCUGUUAAAAGAAAAGUUCAUUUAAGAGUUAAUUCCUUUAAGUAUUUUCUUUAAAUCCUUAAAGCCAAUCGUGAUAUUCUUGUGUAUAGACUUUUGCUUUCCGAUUUGAAGAAAAUAAAAAAAAAAAACUUUUAUGACCGUGUGUGUCAAAAAUUCUCCACCCCUUGAAUUCUUAAACAAUUUUAUAUGAUCCGCUGUGUGUUCCGGCUUUAGU